GCUUUAUGGAAGGCUAAGACCAAGCCCUAGAUGCAAGACCGGGGGAACUGACUGCCGGAACGUUUGUAUUGCAGCGCCUCGCCCCUUGCCGGUGCUCUUUCGCGAAGGGACCGUCUCUGCCAAGCGCCUGUUGGUAGGAACCUGCUUGGUCGCGUCUGAGGGGGCUUGUAGGUGGCUCUGGCUGAAACAGGCGCCUGGGAGAGUCUGUAGGAGGGAAACCGCCAUGGACGAUCAGGGUUGCCCUCGGUGUAAGACCACCAAAUAUCGGAACCCCUCCUUGAAGCUGAUGGUGAAUGUGUGCGGACACACUCUCUGUGAAAGUUGUGUAGAUUUACUGUUUGUGAGAGGAGCUGGAAACUGCCCUGAGUGUGGUACUCCACUCAGAAAGAGCAACUUCAGGGUACAACUCUUUGAAGAUCCCACUGUUGACAAGGAGGUUGAGAUCAGGAAAAAAGUGCUAAAGAUAUACAAUAAAAGGGAAGAAGAUUUUCCUAGUCUAAGAGAAUACAAUGACUUCUUGGAAGAAGUGGAAGAAAUUGUUUUCAACUUGACCAACAAUGUGGAUUUGGACAACACCAAAAAGAAAAUGGAGAUAUACCAAAAGGAAAACAAAGAUGUUAUUCAGAAAAAUAAAUUAAAGCUGACUCGAGAACAGGAAGAACUGGAAGAAGCUUUAGAAGUGGAACGACAGGAAAAUGAACAAAGAAGAUUAUUUAUACAAAAAGAAGAACAACUGCAGCAGAUUCUAAAAAGGAAGAAUAAGCAGGCUUUUUUAGAUGAGCUGGAGAGUUCUGAUCUCCCUGUUGCUCUGCUUUUGGCUCAGCAUAAAGAUAGAUCUACCCAAUUAGAAAUGCAACUUGAGAAACCCAAACCUGUAAAACCAGUGACGUUUUCCACAGGCAUCAAAAUGGGUCAACAUAUUUCACUGGCACCUAUUCACAAGCUUGAAGAAGCUCUGUAUGAAUACCAGCCACUGCAGAUAGAGACAUAUGGACCACAUGUUCCUGAGCUUGAGAUGCUAGGAAGAUUUGGGUAUUUAAACCAUGUCAGAGCUGCCUCACCACAGGACCUUGCUGGAGGCUAUACUUCUUCUCUUGCUUGUCACAGAGCACUACAGGAUGCAUUCAGUGGGCUUUUCUGGCAGCCCAGUUAACCAUUUAUAAGAUUUGGACCUUGGAGCUGAACCAGGGAGCUAGCAAAAGUAAAGCAGACUUAUAAAAUUAUAGCUAUGUGCAGCUGCACAACACAGUCCUACCACUAGCAGCUGUGUUAAAGUAUUUAUAAGGAGAAAAUUUCAGAACUAAGUUGAGUAAUAUAGGGGAUAUAUAUUUGUGAAAAAGAAUUUUUACUUAUAUUUUUCAGAGGAUUUGACACGAUAAGCCUCAUCUGAUGGAAGAGAGGAAUAAAUAAUUCACCUGUAUGUGUUUGAGGUUGUGACAGACUUACAAAAUCUUUUUAAAAAAUAAAGCUAUAAUUUAUAUUAAGUUCUGUGGUUUUUCUAUUAUUACAGUGUUUUACUUGAACACAUUUUAAAUACCAUUUUGAUUACAACAUUUACUGUUAAUAUCCAAGUCUAUUAUUUCUUCUCAUAAAAUGUUCCCCUUUUUCCUAAUGUCUUGUUAAUACUAGUCCAGACAAGUGGAUAUAUUUCCUUUGACCAAGUUAUGGCAAGAAAAACCUGACCCAUGAUAAUGUCAUUCCCUCAAUACUAAGGACUCAAUGCCUGUAUUAAGCAGUGGAAAAUGAGGCAAACCUUGAUUAAGGUGUUAUAGUUCCCAGCUGUGAGCCACACUCAGGAUAAAACAAAACCCAGCAUUAACCUGCUUUAGUGACACAUUCAAAGAAGUAAGUUAAUAAAAUUUAAUACUUAAAUGAUACCUUUCACCUCCAAUGUAAGCUCAUUUUAUGAUGGAUCCUUUGGAGACUGGAGAAGGUACAUUUUAAGUACAGUUCCCCAUGUAUAAAUUGUAUACUGAUACAGUUUUUUUGUUGAAACUUCAAAGGCUUUUAUUACCAGGGUUUUGCUUAAAGAGUUUAGAUAUGAAUAGGAUGAUAUUGCAGCAUCUCAACCUUGUAUGAGUCUGUUACAUAGAGCAUUGGAUAUGGGAUAUAGUUUCUUAAGGAAAUUAAGGGAUUUCCUAUCAAAUCUCUAUUACAACAGAUGUUAGUUUUAUGGGUAGAAACUUAGGUGAAACAAGACUUGUGGUUACAUUAGGAUGGACUAUCCAUCUGUAACAACUCCGUCUUAUUUUACUAAGCAGGUAUUAAUUAAUUUUAGCAAUACAUCUUCAUCUUUAUUUUACUUAUAUCUUUGUUAAAUGAGAAAACCAAGGCAUCAAAUAAUUGAGUAGACAAAGAUCAUAUUCACAAGUUAGUAAAAAGCCAGAAUUAGAAUGCAGGUUUUUUUUUUAAUCAAAGUCCAGUUCCAUCUACAUUCUACCAGACUGCAUUCCUAUUCCUGUAUCUAUUAGGUAUUCCCGAACUGAAGAUUAGUGUUUUUAAGUACAGUCUAUAAAUCUGUUCAAAGAAUAGUUAGAACAUUGAAUGUAGAGUUAAGGCUUUGCAGCAGCCAAUUGCAAAAAUAAAGAAUCCAGUCUUUUGAAAAGAAACACUACUGCUUGUUCUCAUACCUUUUAUAUAUGUAUUUUAAAAAGAAUGAACUAAUUAAUAAAACAUAUCAAAGGCUUUUAA